GCACAUGCAUGCAGCGCCAUCGUAGAUCUCAAUUGCCACGAACCAUUAUUUAUGUCAUUAUUAGUUUAGUGACUGAAAGUGUUAUAAGUUUACAAAAACUCGACUCAAAGCCCAAUGAAAUGUUUUUAUAAAGAUGACGAAACACUGAACAACUUUCAACGACUAUACUUGCAACUUGGCAAUUUAGAUUAGAUAAUAUUACAGAGAUUGAUGUGUACGGUAAACGUCAAACUUGGUGUUAAAACCUGUGAUUUUCAUUCAUUUGCCAAUUUGGUGAUGUGCAUGAGAAAGCAAUAGGCCAUUGCAGGCGCAAAAUCAGCUUAGCCGUUGCUACGUGUUUCAUGUUUGUCAUAUAAAAUUUGAUGCUUGAAUGACUGCUUAAACCCACAUCCGUCGAAACAAUAAAUUUCUUUGUUCGGCAAAUGUGGACAGCAAUUUGUUUGGCAAAACACAUCAGCAAUGCGUUGAAUUUCUUGCAUAAUGCACGGUUGAAAAUCAGGGGUUUUGUGUAGAGCGUUUACUUAUAAUUUAGCGAAAUUGUUGCGAACUUCGAGAUACGGCCAGAUAGUGGAGUUUUUUCUUGUCUCAACAUGCUGAGAUUCAUUUACAGUUAUUGCAAACCGCAAAAGUGCAAAUACCUGUCAAAAAUCUUAAACAUUGAAUAAACAAGUUGAUGUUAUGAUUAUUUAUGUACUUAACUACAACAAUUGCCUGCAUACAAACUCGUGGAAAAUACGAUUGCUUAAAACUGCUAAUAAACUUCCUAUUUUGAUCAGAUAUGAACGAACGGGAUAAAAAUCCAUCAACAAAGUUUACACCGGAGGAGGUUGAAGAUUUGCGUGAAGCGUUUAACUUGUGUGUAAAAGACAAGCCUGGUAAAGUGGCUGUGAAUGAUAUCGGUGUCUUGCUGAAAACUGUCGGGCAGACCUGUACAGACGAGGAACUUCAUACAAUAGUCACACAAGCGAGCGAAGGAGAUAAAAAAUUUAUAAAUUUCAAUCAAUUCCUGAGGAUAAUGGAGAAUCGUCGGCCAGCUCCCGAUUUGGAGAGUGAUAUCCACAAGGCUUUUCGACAUUUUGAUAAGGGUGGAAAUGGUCGUAUAUCGAUGAAGGAACUCCGAAGGACGAUGGGACAGCUCGGAGAACGACUGACCGAAGAGGAACUGGACGAUAUGAUGAGAGAGGCCGAUUUGAACGGCGAUAGACAAAUUGAUUUUAGAGAAUUUCGACUCGUUUUGAUGAACAACUGAAUUAUGCAUCGAAGCAAUUUAGAAGUCGCCUCUCGCCCGGAUUUUCAUUCGGGGACAAUGUGGAUCGAUUCAGCGUUGCUGCAUGCAUGCAUGAAGUUAUUAUACGAUCGCGAUAAUUUACUAAUGUAUAUACUGAAAUAUACUACAGCUGAAAUAAAUUC